CAUCUCCAAAGUUAACCAUUAUAGGCGGAUUAAUUUGGUUUUGGUAGCUAGACUGGUGUUAAAAACCGGCUGAUCUUAACAUCAAAACCGGGUUAAGAUCACAGUUUAAAAAACAACCGGACUAGCUACCAGGAAUUAACCUCUUCCAAUAACACAAUAUUAAUCUUGAUCAAAGAUGGAAGGGGGCCAAUGUAAUCAAGUUCUUGUUUUAUGUUUCAUACUUGUUGCAAUUGUCCCAUGGUCCAUGGCUCACAGCACAGCUAUCAGCAUCAGGAGUCCCCAAGUUAAAAAAAACAAAGGUCAGUGCAAAGCCUAUAACCCCAUCGACAAAUGUUGGAGGUGCGAUCGCAACUGGGGUAAAAACCGAAAAAGGCUAGCUGAUUGUGCCAAAGGGUUUGGCCAUGGGACCUAUGGUGGCAAAAUGGGCCGAAUCUAUGUUGUGAAUGACUCAUCAGACAGAAAUGUAAUUGACCCUAAACCGGGCACCCUACGCCAUGCAGUCCUCCAGCCCGAACCACUCUGGAUCAUCUUCUCGAGCAAAAUGACCAUCAGGCUCACCCAAGAGCUUAUAUUUACGUCUGACAAGACCAUUGACGGUCGGGGGUGUGAAGUCCACGUGGCAGGUGGUGCUGGUUUCAUGCUCCAAUUCGUUCACAAUGUCAUUAUCCAUGGCCUUCACAUGUAUGACAUUGUUGAGGGCUCAGGUGGCAUGAUCAGGUCAAAAACUGAUCAUGUUGGCAUACGAGGGAGAAGCGAUGGGGAUGCCAUUUCCAUCUUUAAAUCCUCACAGGUGUGGGUUGAUCACUGCUCCUUUGCUAGCAGUUAUGACGGGCUUAUUGAUAUCGUUGCAGCUUCCACCAAUGUCACCAUUUCAAAUUGCCACUUCGUCAAGCACGACAAGGCUUUGCUGUUUGGUGCAAGUGACAAAACCCCAGAGGACAAGAUAAUGAAGGUGACAUUGGCUUACAACCAUUUUGGAAAAGGAUUGACACAACGGCUACCAGCAGUGAGAUUCGGGUUUGUACACGUGGUUAACAACGACUACACAGAAUGGCAAUCAUAUGCCAUUGGAGGUGCUGACGGUGCAACUAUCAUAAGCCAAGGAAACCGGUUUACGGCAGCAAAUGGUGCAUGUAAAGAGGUGACGAAAAGAGAGCAGGUUCCAGAAUCCAUAUGGCGUAAAUGGACAUGGAGAAGUGAAGGUGAUUUGUUACUGAACGGAGCUUAUUUCCGACAAUCAGGUAACCCACAUUGGGCAAAAACAUACAAGGGUUACCCAUUGAUACCGGCGCAACCGGCUGUGACCGUACCACAACUUACCAAAUACGUUGGUGCCUCAUUGAAUUGUAAGGUGGGAUCCCCUUGUUGAUAGUCAUGACAUGACCUUUUUUUUAUAAAGAGUAGGAAGGAUUGUUAGGCUUUAAAAAUGUUUACAAGUUACAGAUGUACAGUAUUCAUGUAAAUUCAAUUUUGAAUCA